UUCACAAAGAAAGACUAAAUAACUUGUUGACUAAAUUCAAAAUUAAACACUAUUACCCCGAAUUAUGGUUAAGGUUGUGGAGGACAUUUUCGGGAUUGCGACCAAUCCGUUUACCAAGCGGGCACAGGUGAUUCGUCGCUAUACAAUGACCAACACCAACCGCCUGUCCGUGUCCAUCAUCCAGUUGGGGGCCACCAUCCAGAGCAUCCAGGCCCCGGAUGCCUAUCACCAGUUGUCGGAUGUGGUCUUGGGAUUCGACGACAUAGCCGGUUAUGUGAAAUACAGGAACUACAAGUUCGGUUGCACACUUGGUCGGGUCACCGAUGUGGUGGGCAACGGAGAGUUCAUCAUGGACGAGCGACGGGUGAUUGUGUCCAAGAAUCUGGGCCAUAAACACCAAAUGAACGGUGGCUUCGUGGGAUUCGACCAGGUCAUUUGGGAUCUGUAUAUGAAGCGACCGGAUGGCGUUACAUUGCGGCAUGUCUCGCAGGAUGGACACGAGGGUUUCCCCGGCACCCUGAGCAUAUUCAUUCACUUCACCAUCGACGAUGACAAUCGGUUCUUCAUACGCAUCGAAGGCACUACGAAUCAGACCACGCCGGUGAAUAUAUCCAAUCACAUUUACUUCAAUCUAGCCGGUCAGACGACUGGUAUCAAGGGUAUAUUCGAUCAUCAAAUCAAUAUUGAAGCUAUGGAAACGAUGGAUACUUCUGGUGGCGAUGGUAUUCCCACGGGGAGGUUCAAGAGCGUUAAUGAUUCCGUAUACGAUAUCCGAUUACCGGUAUUCAUGGGCGAUCGAGUGCGUCAGUUUGUGGAGAGACCGGUGAAGGGCUACGAUGUGUGCUAUGCCCUCGAUAAGGAGUUUGAUUCCAAUAUAACCCGUUAUGUGGGCCGAUUUCUGCAUCCAGAAUCGGGACGCUUCAUGGAGAUCUUCAGUAACCAGCCGAGUGUGAAAUUCUCAACUGCCAAUAAUUUCCCACAGGAACCCCUUGGUGAUGAGCCCAUUUUGGGUAAAAAGUGCACCCGCUAUUGGCAGCAUUGUGGUUUUAGUUUGCAACUACUCAACUAUCCGGAUGCUGUCAAUCAGCCGGAUUUUCCACGCAUCUUCAUCAAUCCGGGGGAGCAUUACUUCCAUGAGACGAUCUAUCAUUUUGGUGUUCAGGAAUCGUGGAAAUGUUGCGCAGAUCCCGAGGAACUGGAGGCCCUGGGCGAAGAACCACUGAAACGACCUUCAGUUCACUGACUGCUUGUACAGGAAAGCUUUUUGAGAAGCGCGGAGAAGGGCUCCCCUUUUUGAUAAGUCCCAUGACAGGCGUAAUGAAGGUGUGAUUUGUCAUUUUGGUAAGAUUGUGAUUGAUAUGGGUAUUUUCAAAGGAAAUUCCAAAGGAAUUGAUAAAGUA